AUGAGAGUUGCCAGAGCAAGAGAAACCACGUGCUCCGACAAGGGAGAUACUCCAAUGGUGAAAUUUCCACCGAGGGCGCCAGCUGGGAGCAUCCAGAAGAUCCAAAAGGAAACAAGACAAGUUCACUCCACCGUAGCAAAGAAGGUAAAACAUUGUUACGGUUGGGGUAAUAAGAUCCAGAUUGCCAAUAACGACGCAUCCAAUACAGAGGAAGGCUGUGAAAAGAGUAGCAAUGUGGGGCUCACUCCCAUCCACCACCUUAAAAUAAUUAAGAACGGAUGUCAUCAUUGGCUAUUGCCGCUAGAAGACGAGGGGCACCGGUUAGGCUCUGUAAGGCUGCACCUAAGAAGUUUCUGCCUGGUGGCAAGAGCUCCGAAAAACAGCACUGAAACGAGAUAUAGACCUGAAGUUGUUAAAGUUGCAGCUAAAGUCCCGACAGGAAUGGAACGCUGGGUGUCCUUAAGUGAGGCGGACCGGUUUGAACCUGCCAUAAUCCCCGUUACAGCAGGGAAAAAGAGACCAACCAAUGCACUGACAAUAAUUAAAAAAAAAAAAAAGAUAACAAAAGCAAUGUAUUCAGUUAUCCUGAAACCAAUCAUGCAAGGGAAGUCCACUCAGAGGAAGCCAAAUAUAGAAACUAAAUUCCGUAAAGCCAUGAGCAACAUGUUAUCGCAGCUCAACCUUAUGGAAAUGCAUUCUACAUUAGAAAUUCACGACAAACAUCAUAAAUUUCCAAGAACAAUAACCAGAGGCAUUAAGCUUUUACCUCUAAAAAUUCCAGCCUGA